GGCUACACAACAAGAAAGAAACCAAAACAAGAGGAGGUCAACUUGUUAAUCGAUAAGAUUAAAGAGAUCUAGAGCUUCUAUCAUCAACUCAGGGCGGUCCCAAUGGAGGGGUCAGGGAGAACAAGUCCACAAAAGCCCAAAAUUACUAAGCAAGAUGGAGCUCGUUCAACUGGAAGGAAUCGACUUGUUCCAUCAGUAUCAGCCGAGGACAAUACGGCCAUCUCCAAGCCACACCCACCAGGGAAACGUGUCCUCCAGCAACCGUUACAUAUUAGAGUACCCCAAAAUAAGAUGGUGCAGGAAGUUGGUCAGAGUAGCACGCUCCCCCGUGACCUACCUCGUAGGAGUAGGAACAGUCCCUCGUACCCACUCAACGCCCCACUACCACGUCACACCCAGCUCCUUCCCUCCAUACCCCCUAAGGGGGGCGGAGAUACGUCCCCUGCACAGCAAGUCAAGCUCACUUCUAAUAAGAGGCCUAGUAUGCUGCAUUCCCAAUCGAUGCCCCACCCCCAUCAGCUGGACCCUGCCAGACAGAAACUAGUGGACAGGGCGAUUAAAGCUCGACUGUAUUUCCUGAGGAAGAGUGGUCCUAAUAGGUUUUUAAUUGGAGGGGACUCCCCUGACAGUCGUUUCCAUGUGACGAUUGGACCACAAAGCUGCAGCUGUAACAAGUCUCACUGCGUACAUAUUCUGUUUGUUAUGUUACGAGUGUUCAAGCUGUCUCAAAGCGACCCAAUCCUCUGGAGAAAACAGUUGUUAAACUAUGAGGCUGAACAACUGAUUAAAGACUUCCAAACUCGCGUAUCUCAACGAAACACUCCUCGUAAGUCAGCUAUGAAGGUGUUGGAGAGAGGCCUCUCUGUUGUCGAUGGCAGCAACACGCCCCCUACCACUGACACUGGGAGUGGAGAAUCUUCUGUCGUGGAGAGCACUAAAGAAAGAGAAAAUGAUAAAGAGGCUCCUUCUGUUGCUGUUGAGGCCCCUGUCAAGUGUGAGGGUGUGAGGAGUGACAGUGUGGGGAGUGACAAGAGUGAGGAGGAGGAGGUGUGUCCGAUAUGCCUCAAUGAGUUGGACGAGGGAGAGGAUCUUCUAGUGUGCUCAGGCUGUCAUAACCAGCUGCAUCAGCACUGUAUGGAUGUCUGGGCUGGAGAACAGAGACAGAAGAGUGAGGACGUGUAUUGCCCCGUCUGUCGUGCUCCCUGGGACUACAGUAGACCACCCUCCAUUACAUCACCCCUGGCAACCACUGCCGAGAUGAGUAAAUUAGGCUCCCCAAGUCACAUGCUAUUGAGUGAUGAGAAACAAGCACUGCACGAUAAAAUGAAGGCAAUGUUUGGGGGUGGAGCUGCCGAGGAUCUGUUCUCCUCUGACUGGACGCAUCGAGAGGCUGCCUUGACACUCAUAACUCGUGAUUCCAUCUCGUAUCUCCUCCCCUCGGUGACAGCCAAGUACCAGUCCAGGCAUGACCAGGGGGGGGAGGGUGAGAGGGCCCGUGGUGUGCAGGAGGUGUGCAUGGCCGUAGUGGCAUACUCUUGUCAUGAUGUCGUCCUCAAGGUGUUCCUGGCCGCUCUGGAGCUGUUGAGGGUCAUCCUCGGUUACUCUCUCUGCCAUAACGCCAAGGAGGCCAAGAAGCUACAGGAACUGCUCAAACCCGUAUUACCAGUCCUCCUGACACGAUGUGGGGAUGCACAGCGUCGUGUUAAAGAGUGCUCCAUCGACACGGCCUGCAAUCUUAGUCUGGGACAGGAUGGUCCGCUGAGUGUGGGCUCAUGCUGUGGCUACCAGGCCUCCUGCGGCAUCAGCAGCAUACGACUGGUCCUCUCCACCGCACUAGACCAAGGCCUCAAUGGACCCAAUUCUUGGAACUGGUGGCUAGGCCGUCUCACUCUUAUGGAGAAAUUACUUACUCGUUUUUCUUGGGAAUUUCUCCUUCCACAGUGUAUGUUGAAACCUUUCUCUCCUACAAAUUCUGAUUCUGAUUCGGAUGAGUCCUAUUCCGGCACCGUAUCUGAUGUGGUAUCUGUUGAAGACUCUCUGACAUCAAACGUAUCCGCUAUGUUGACCGAAGCGAGUAGUUCUGGCUCAGGAUCGGCUGAAACUAGCCUCAAAUCUGCAGGGAUUGCGGAAGUAGUGGUAUUGGAAUCGGAAGUAUCUGAUAAUAGUCCCGAUUCCAUAUCGUCUGUUGUGAAGAACAAUCUAUUAAUGCAGUGCUGGUACUUUGCUGCCAAGGCAACGCGUGUAUCUCAUCACAAAGUGGCCAAAAUCGCUCGGAAAGUGAUUAUUCAUAUUGGCAAGAUACUUCGCGACGAUCCCUCCUCGCUAGAAAUUGUACACGAUGUCAUUUCCAAAUGUCAUCGCACUUCUGCAGAAGGUCUGUUAGACAAGGUACUUAAAGCAAGGGAGAAGCCACAAGAAUCCAUGAUACCCCAAAAGAAAGAUUCCUCAAUAAUAUCAGAACGCAAAACAAUUCGACCACGAAGAUUGCACAGUCCGAGUCAACCAGUCGCGACAACAAACAGCUUCUUAGGAGAUGAUUUAGUAUCAAAAAAUCUCUCUAGGGAACUAUCAACCGAAGAUGAGCUUGAAUCCCCUCUGAGCGGAAUAGACGUGGAAAAAUCCCUCUCUCUGCUAGUACCACGGCUACGAACCUCGUCUCCGAGUCGCAGCGACCAAUCAAAAUCCCCGAGCCCAAUUCGAAUGAGUACCGAAAAUCCACUCACAAUUUCUGAAUUUUCGCAGGAAGAUUUGGCAACUUCUGAAGAUAGUUUUCAUUCCGCUACUUCUGAGUUGGAUAAAACUUUGUUGGAGGAGGUGAACUCACGAGAGCAUAAUAAAAGCAGUGAAGGAACGGAGGAGGGUUCAUCGAGUGCAUCUAAUAGUCAUGACAGCAGGUCAGGUGAUCAACAGUUACGUAGUGACAGCCGAGGGAGCGGUGCCAGUGGAGGGGGUGUGGCAGGGGGUGCGGUCUCUAUGAGGGACAUCAAUAGGGCUCAAAAUUUGAUGAGUCACCCGUAUUACAAGAGGCAGUCCACUAUUGACUCGGCUUUUAGCUCCGAGUUUGACAGCUCGUUGGAGAACUUCCCCUGCAAAGAAAAUAUCGAAGAAGAAGAGGCUGAGAGAUUGGCAAAGGUCCGCUCAAUGGUGCCGGACCCCCCACAUCCAUUGCUUAGCAACCUGAUACCCCCCACAGAGGAGGUGCUCAUCUAUGUGCAGAACACCGUAGGGAAGGAAGGACCUGCUGACCAUGCUGACGGCUAUAACAUACGGCCUUACAUAGAGGGUGUUCACUGGAAGAAGGGCAAGGUGAUCGGUACUGGGGCGUUCUGUACCUGUCAUCUGGCCAGGGAUGUUGAGAAUGGAACAAUGUUCGCAGUCAAGCAGGUGAGCUAUGCACGCAACACCAGUGAACAGGAAGAGGAGGAGCUGACUCGACUGAGGGAGGAGAUUGCCAUGCUUGGACGACUCAACCAUCCCAACAUUGUGCGUUGCCUGGGGGCGACACAGCAAGAUGGACACAUCAACAUCUUCGUGGAGUGGAUGGCAGGUGGUUGCUUGGAUACCAUUCUCAGUGAGUUUGGGGUACUCAAAGAGUCAGUGAUCUGCAACUAUACCAAGCAAGUGUGUCUAGGUAUAGCCUAUCUCCAUGACAACCACGUCAUUCACAGAGACCUUAAAGGUGGUAACAUUCUACUAGACUCAACUGGUCGCCGGAUCAGAAUAGCAGACUUUGGCUCCUCCGCCCGUUUGGCCGCCAACACCACAGGGUCGGGGGAGUUCCUGGACAUGGAGGGGACGGUUGCGUUCAUGGCCCCCGAAGUUGUGAGGGGUGGCACUUAUGACGACUCCUCCCAGGCCCUAGGUUACGGCCGCAAGUGUGAUGUGUGGAGCAUAGGCUGUGUGGUCAUACAGAUGGCUACGGCUAAACCUCCCUGGGUGGGGUCUUACGAUGUGCGCAACAAGUACCAGCUCAUAUUCAAGAUUGGCCAGACUACGACUCCUCCCCCCCUACCCCAAUUCAAUAACCCCGCCCUCAAGGACCUAACUAUCCGCUGCCUGGAGGUGUCCCCCUCCGACAGGCCCACCUCCUCUGAGCUACUCAAGCACCCGCUAUUCACUGAGAGCCUUGUAGACACUCCAUAACUGACUUAAACUGUCAUUUUUUUAUGGCUUUGGUUUGUGCAAUGUGUUUUAAGUGUUAUUUGAGAAUCAACUUAUAUAAUUAUA